UAUUACACUGAAAAAACUUAUGUUAUAGGUGCAUUUAAUAUUCGAGCAUUCAGUGUUAUAAAAAGUGCAAACGAAUCUAUAAUGAGAAUCAUUAAGAAUAUUAUCAGAAGUUAUGAUAUCAUUUUAUGCCAGGAGAUCCACGCACCUCAAGAUGAAAUUGAAUUUAUUAAAGAACUAGUUGAAUCAAUUUCAACUUCCUCUACGCCAUACACAUACACUUUAUCUGACCCUGUUGGUAGAGAUAAUGAAAGGUAUCUAUAUAUUUAUAAGGAGAAAGUUUGGCGAUUGAACAAAGCUUACAUAAUUAAUGAGGAGAAGUUGGAUGUCAAAUUUAUAAGAAAUCCUUAUAUUGCCAAAUUUCAGUAUCAAAGACAUUCUGAAGUAUGGAUUAAUCUUGUUGGAUAUUAUACAGAACCCAGAAACGCGUAUUAUGAAGUACGAGCUAAUGAACUAUUUUCUAUGGAUGAAUUAAUAUAUGCAUUUGAUAAUCUUAUUAAUAAGUCUGACAAUUUCUCUAAAUUUGUUUCCGAGAGGAAAGAAUCCAGAAAAAAAGUUUUCGAUGAACCUAUAAUUAUGAUAGGGGAUUUUGAUACAUCAGAUCUUAGGAAAGAUGAAUAUACAAAAGUUGACAGAUUAUUGCAACAAAAUGAGUUAGUUCUGGUUGGGUUAAAUGCUUCGUAUGAUCAGUUUAUUUUUGAAAAGAAGGUGAAGAAAAAAAUGAUCAAAAGUGUUAAAGUGUGGAGAUUUAAUAAGGAUUGGUCAUACAAUGAUCUGUCUAUUGUCGAAGAAGCAACUAAACUCAUAUUUAAUAAUUUUCCUAUAAAAUUUGUAUUUAAAUUAGA